GGACUGUUUGUUUAAAAAUCAAUUCAUCUUGUCUAUCAAUGGGAUAUGAAUUCCUAUGAAAGGCGCGCUCAAGGUCAUUUGUUUCGUUAAUUUGGGAUGGUUAUGUAACGUUCACACCCAAUCUUUAUAAUUUGUGGUUCACUCACACUGAUACCGCGUAUUAUUAUCAUUGGGUUUCAGGGUCAAGGCAGUUUGUUUUAAAGUUUUUAAACAACCAUUUCAUUUUGUAAUUGACACUCGUCAGCAGUGGACGAAGCAUGUCGACUGUGGGCGAAGUCAUCAAGUGCCAAGCGGCGGUUGCUUGGGAGGCCGGGAAACCGUUGUCUAUUGAGGAAAUCGAAGUAGACCCACCAAAGGCAGGCGAAGUCCGCGUUAAGAUACUAGCGACCGGUGUGUGCCAUACAGACUCGUACACUUUGUCUGGCAAGGAUCCCGAGGGCGUGUUCCCCGUUGUUCUAGGCCACGAAGGCGGUGGCAUAGUCGAAAGUGUCGGUGAAGGGGUCACAAGUGUUAAACCAGGGGAUCACGUUGUCCCACUCUACGUACCCCAGUGCAAGACUUGUAAGUUUUGCCUCAAUCCUAAGACGAACUUAUGCCAGAAAGUGCGCGUCACCCAAGGACAGGGCGUGAUGCCUGAUGGCACACGCCGCUUCCGCUGUAAGGGCCAGGAACUGUAUCACUUCAUGGGCUGCUCUACAUUCAGUGAAUACACUGUUGUUUUAGAGAUUUCGCUGUGUAAAGUGGCCGACACUGCACCUUUGGAUAAGGUAUGCCUGCUUGGGUGUGGAGUACCUACUGGAUAUGGAGCUGCACUCAACACUGCUAAUGUUGAACGUGAUUCUACCUGCGCCAUUUUCGGUCUGGGAGCUGUUGGCUUGGCUGUCGCAUUGGGUUGCAAAGCAGCUAAGGCCAAGCGUAUCAUUGGUGUAGACAUAAACCCUAACAAAUUUGCUGUGGCUAAGAAAUUUGGAGUUAACGAAUUUGUCAACCCCAAGGACUACGACAAACCAAUUCAGCAAGUACUUGUCGACUUGACUGACGGGGGAUUGGACUUCACAUUUGAAUGCAUUGGCAAUGUUAACACAAUGAGAGCUGCUCUAGAAGCAUGUCACAAGGGUUGGGGAGUGUCAGUCAUUAUUGGAGUGGCUGCAGCUGGCGAGGAGAUCAGCACUCGUCCAUUCCAGCUCGUCACGGGUCGCACAUGGAAGGGAACAGCUUUUGGAGGGUACAAGAGUCGUGACAACGUACCACUACUGGUUAAUGAGUACUUGGACAAGAAGCUGCCGUUGGAUGACUUUGUAACCCACAAUGUACCACUGAAGGAAAUCAAUGAAGCAUUCAGUUUGAUGCAUGCUGGUGAAUCCAUUCGUGCUGUUGUGCAUUUAUAAACUAAUUAUAGGGGUAUAUUACAUUGUAUAAUAUAUUUAAGCAUAUACAUAUAUUGAACUGUAAACCGACUGAC